GCGAGGCUAUCGCUGUUUGGCACUCAGAGUUGUGACGAGUUUGAGGCUCUAAGCGAGACUGAUAAUGAAGACGAAAGAUGUCGUCUACCACUUCACCUUGAUGAGUUUCGUUUGCAGCAGUUGUGUCUUACAGACAAACUUUACAAAUGCAAACCCUUCAAGUCCGUCUUCGAAGCCCACUUAUUCGUCUACCCAAAAGAAAGUCAACGAAUCGGAUCACAAUACGUCGACGACUCCCAAAAUUAAGAUGACAACCACGCCAAACGUAUCUCUAACUAAAACAUCUUCGAUGGUUACAGCCACACCAAACACAUCUCUGGCUACGAUGGCUACGAUGCCGACUACACGAGCACCUAACACUCUAGCAACAACACCAUUGUUGUCGACAACCAUUCCUAAUGCAUCGCACACGACAGCAACUCCAGCAUCGAGUAGCACAAGUUCUCUAAAUAAUAGAGAUAUAAUGUACUGCAGCAUCAUCGGAAUCUUGAGCGCCUUCGUUGCCAUCUUGCUGAUUGUGGUGUUGAAACGCAGAUGUAAAACUCGUAAUGACUUGACAUGUCAAUGUGGGCACCAUAGUGGAACACUGUCCAAUUAUUCCCUCAAGAAUGUGGACGUAGAAGAUCGGGUGGCUCCUGAAAACCUCACUCCUAAUUCCGGCUAUCAAUUUCUUACAAGUGGAAAACCAAGAUGUUUAUCAGUGGUCCACGCGUAUGAAGAUAUCAUGGUUUUCAACGACAGUCAACACCAGCAUGAAGAAUCAGACACUGCGCUAUGAGUUGGUAACGCUGUGGCCGUAAAAGAAUGAUAUUAGCAUACAUAGAGGGCUAUAACUAUAGAUUUGUGUUUGAUUGCGAUUUUGUCAAUAGUCGCUUUACUCAAGAAUACGUGA